CGUCUGCUACAAGAACACAUUGUUGACCAAUCCUCAUGUCCACAUUAUAGCAGUCAUGAAGAAUUCCACUGAUUUGGGACCCAGUAAUAUCACUGGUGACUCUAUGGGAGGGAUUGUGCUGGUGCCUUUCUUCCUUAUCACUGUGCUUGGUGUAGUAGUUGCUGUGAUCAUGUAUAUAAAGAAGAGAAAAAGAGUUGAUCGACUCAGGCAUCAUCUGCUGCCGCUAUAUAGCUAUGACCCUGCAGAGGAAAUACAUGAAGCUGAGCAAGAACUUCUGGGUCAAGAAACCAAGGUCGUACAUGGCUGGAACAGUGGAUACCACCAAUAUAAGAGGGCAUCAUUAAGAGACGUGACCGCUUGACACCUGUGCGUCUUUUCCACUCCCCCCCGAAAGAAGAUGGAGACCCCGCACAGCUUUGCUCCGUUCAGCACUCUUAUGCCAAGGAAUUGCAGAUGUUGCUUUUAUAGCAAUUUGAUUUUAAAAUGUAAAUCUAUUUAUAUAAAUAUCCCUGGCAAAGCCUCAGCCAACAAAGUAGUAUCUUAAGCAGUAAGGAGAUUAAAAGCACUACCAUGUA